AUGGGAAAGUCCUCCAAAGACAAGCGCGACGCCUAUUACAGGCUCGCAAAAGAGCAAGGCUGGCGCGCAAGGAGUGCCUUCAAACUGCUCCAGCUCGACGAGGAGUUCAACCUGUUUGAGGAUGUCACCCGAGUCGUUGACCUCUGCGCUGCUCCGGGGAGUUGGUCUCAGGUACUCUCUCGAGUGCUUAUCAAGGGCGAGAAGUUCGGCCGUUGUGCCUGGCAGGACAGGGAAGCCAAGUUCCGCCAGCACAUGCUCAAUGUUGUCCCCUCGGAUACAACCCCUGAUCAGGAAAAGCCGAUCUCGAAGGAUGAGGUCCCCCAAGCGCAGUUGAAGCCACGGAAAGACGUGAAAAUUGUGUCCAUCGAUCUCCAGCCUAUCAGCCCACUCCCCGGCAUUAUCACCCUCCGCGCCGACAUCACCCACCCGGCUACUGUUCCCUUGCUUUUGAAGGCCUUGGACCCCGACUACGACCCGGAGACGAUGAAUCAACAGGCUUCACAGCCUGUGGACCUCGUCAUCAGUGAUGGUGCCCCCGACGUUACGGGCUUGCACGACCUCGAUAUCUACGUGCAGUCCCAGUUGCUCUUUGCCGCCCUCAACCUCGCCCUGUGCGUGCUGAAGCCCGGCGGCAAGUUCGUCGCCAAGAUUUUCAGGGGCCGCAACGUGGAUCUGCUCUACGCACAACUCAAGAUCUUCUUUGAGAAGGUGUACGUGGCCAAGCCCCGCUCAUCGCGGGCGAGCAGUGUCGAGGCGUUUAUCGUAUGCAUCAACUUCCAGCCUCCCGAAGGCUUCAAGGCCAGCUUGGAGGAGCCUCUCGGUGUCGGCAACCGACUGCCCAAGAUGCUAGCAGAACAGAAUGCAGUGGCACCAAUCACGGCACCAGUCUUGAUGCAGAAUCACGAAACCGGAGCCUGGAACGUGACCCCUGAGCGGACACAGAUGGUGGACGAGCAUGGCAUUGAGGAAGUCGAGGUUGACGACCUAUCAACCGAGCCGCACGACAAGGACAUCCGCUGGAUUGCCCCCUUCGUGGCAUGCGGCGACCUCUCCGCGUUCGACUCGGAUGCUUCGUACAAACUUCCAGACGACCACGUCUCGCUCGACCCGGUUCAGCCACCCACCGCGCCCCCCUACAAACGCGCCAUUGAAAUCAGGAGAGCCAACGGUGGGGCAUACGGAAAACCACCAGGCAAAUAA